GCAGGAGCCCAGGGGUUGGGCAGAGCCUAGUUCCGUGCAACUUUCAAGUGAGUUGUAAACUCCGCCCCGAGGCCGGUACCGGUGGCCGGGCACCCUGAGACCGCCGGGACCCGAACAAGCGAAAGCCGUGACCGCCACCCGCGGCCCGGGACCCGCAGCAGCGCCAACGGCGAGAGCAAAACACCUGGUUCCCCGCAGCAAGAAGUGCGGGGCUGAGCGGUAACUGCCCCAGGAGCGCGGCGGGGCGGAAGAACGCGCCCGCCCUUACCGGCUCCCAAGUCGGUUCCUCUGAGCCCCGGCCUCCUCGCCUCAGCCCACGGGUCUCGCCAUUCUUCAGGCUCCGCGGGGUUAGGGGGCGGCCCGAACUCCCCUCCUGUUCCACUGAUUACCCCACCCCAGCCCCGCGUGAGCGUCUCUCUGGCCAUCUUCUUGUGGGUGUUCCCCCUUCGUCCCGAGGCUGCAAGAUGGUGUCCUGGAUGAUCUGUCGCCUAGUGGUGUUGGUGUUUGGGAUGCUGUACCCAGCUUAUGCUUCCUACAAGGCUGUGAAGACCAAGAACAUUCGUGAAUAUGUCCGGUGGAUGAUGUACUGGAUAGUCUUUGCAUUGUUCAUGGCGGUGGAGACCUUCACAGACAUCUUUAUUUCCUGGUUCCCUUUCUACUAUGAGAUCAAGAUGGCCUUUGUGCUGUGGCUGCUGUCACCUUACACCAGAGGGGCCAGCCUCCUUUACCGAAAGUUUGUCCACCCAUCCUUGUCCCGUCAUGAAAAGGAGAUUGACACCUGCAUCGUGCAGGCCAAGGAGCGCAGCUAUGAGACGGUGCUCAGCUUUGGGAAACGGGGCCUCAACAUUGCUGCUUCGGCUGCUGUGCAGGCUGCCACCAAGAGUCAGGGUGCGCUGGCCGGAAGGCUGCGGAGCUUCUCCAUGCAGGACCUGCGCUCCAUCCCUGAUGCCCCUGCCCCUGCCUACCAGGACCCCCUCUACCUGGAGGACCAAGUACCUCGCCGCAGGCCACCCAUCGGGUACCGGGCAGGGGGGCUGCAGGACAGCGACACCGACGAUGAGUGCUGGUCAGAUACAGAGGCAGUCCCCCAGCCACCUGCCCGGCCCCGAGAGAAGCCUCUGGGCCGUAGCCAGAGCCUGCGUGUGGUCAAGAGGAAGCCGCCGGUGCGGGAGGGCACCACCUCGCGUUCGCUGAAGGUUCGGACGAAGAAAAAGACCGUUUCUUCAGACAUGAACAGCUAGGGUCUGCAGAGCCUGGGCGAGUCUUACCUCUUGCCUUAUGGGGCGUUGGGGGCUGUUUGGAGGGGACCUCUGGCUGCGUGUCUGACCUGCGUACACCAGCUGCCCAGGCCGCGUCCUCCUGGCUCCCACUGUUGGUUAAGGGCCAGGUGCUGCCGGGGCCAUGCACAGGGCUAUGCCUGCAACGUCCCAAAGCAGGCUGGGCCCAGGGUUCUAUUUAUUGUCUCUCUCAUCCUUCUGCCCUCCCGGGUGUGUGGGACCAGAGCCCUUCCCAAAACUCUGCAAGUGAAACCAAAAGUCCACCCAGCUGUGCUCAUUCCUUCCUGUCCUUCAAAGUACUUGACAGCCUCCUCCAAGGCCUGUGUGUGUGUGUGUGUAUGUGUGUGUGUGUGUGUGUGUGUGUGUGUCGUGGUUGUAUGUUUUGUGUUGGUGAAUGAGGUCAGGUUUAUGCAUGUUUUGGUAAAUAAACACAUAAAAGUGU